AUCAAAACCACUACCACAGAGUGAGGGAAAGUGGGCUUCCCAAGAUGGCUGCCGCGCCAGGGUAGCUUGCCUCACCCGCCGCCAACCCCACAACACGGGAGCGCGCGCUCUAGGUAUAUAACUCUGUGGACGGAACACGCGGGAAAGCCGAACAGCUGACUGCCUGAGCUGAGAGGCCGAGGGGGUUUGUUGUCAACGUUGACACGCCCCUCUCUUCUCUUCUCGCCCCUGUCCACACACUGUUACCCUGCCGACGCCGCCUAGCUGUGAGAAUCUAUGGCUGUCUGUCCUGCAUUGGCACUCUACACCUGGUACCAUCAACAUAAGAAGAAAGAUCUGGGUGUGGGGCAGAAAGACUGGCUGCAGUUUCUUCAGGAGCAAGCUAAUCAAAAUGAUCAAAAGGAAUACAAUGCCAAAUCGUCAAUUAAGACCAAAAUAUGCAAAGGAACUGCAAAGGACGAGUGUGUCUUACAGAAAUUACAAGUGGAAGAGGAUUCCCAAGGAGACUUGGGGGACUGUGAGCAGAAGAAGCACCUGCAAGACGAAGGAAAUUCUGUUGAAUCUGUCAUUCCACACCACAGUGUAAAGGUCCAGUCCAGGAGACAAACAGAUGAACAGGAUGAGGUUUGGGACCAGUCCUCCAGCCACAGCCAGGAGACGACAAGAGCCCAGCUUCCCCUCGGGGAGGCACCAACCACGCCAUUGUCGGCCCUUCUCAACACAUCGCUCAGCAGCCCUACUCUUUUGCUGCCUCUUGAUAACAACACUUCUUUGGAAGAGACAGCUUUGUACAGCCCAACACUGCCCUUGUGUGAUGAAACAUUCUCUCCUGCAAAGCGGGGGGAAAGUCCAAGGGACACCAUAAUGGAAAGCCUGGCUGGCAACUUGGAUGGAUCGGAGGUGUCAUGGAGCAGCGCCCUGGCCACACCCACCUCCAAUUCCCUUGGCCAAGUCUUGGAUGGCACCUCCCCCUCCACUCUUGAGCGCCAGACCCUCCAUCCUAGGCAGGGGCUACGUGAAAAUGUGUUAGCUCGUUCACUGUUCAGCCCACAGGCGUCUGGAGCCGCCGGUUCCUCAUCCAGUGGAGAGCUGAGUCCCGGCCUUGGCAUCAUCAGGUGCUUCUCUCCCGUGCCAAGGUUCAGCUGCAGACCUGUGUGCUCUGUGCAGGCACGGAGGCCCAGCUGUGGUGAAGACGCCAAUCCAGGCUGGCUGGAAGCUGGAACGCAGGGAUUCAGAGUAAAUUUCAGUAUUGAAGAGAAUGUUGCUCUUGAAAGAAAUGUAGAGGUCACCCUAAAGGAUAAUCUGGAAAUGAAAACAGUAACUGAAAGUGGUGCACACUCACCUGAUCGACACGUAAACAGUUGUGCUGGGGUUAGGCCAGACCAAACCAGCACACCAGCUCAGCCUCGACCUGUGAGAGCAAGGCACUUAAUACUUGCUGCUCAAUCGCCAGAGUCACCAGGCUUCGUAGAGCCCAUCCCACAUGCCCGAGGGAUUAAGAAAAACGAGAGAGUUCAGGAAACUGAUCCACUUCCAGAUACAAAAGAGAUGGACAAGUUGAAUGAAAAAGUAAUUUAUAGUGAUGGUCUUGCAAAUGACACAUCAGAUGUUGAUGAAUAUUCAUAUGGAUCAGCAGAAGAUCCAUUUGAUAUCAUAUGUUCACCAGUAAGCAAAGUAAAGAAGAAAAGGAAAAAAAAGAUAAGUAACAGUAAACUGACUUCAGGAAAAUCAAACCAGAAACUAGAGAAAAAUAUUGAUGACAACAGUCUUGUUGAGGAAGGCAAUGAGAAAACCAAACAGAAAGCUAUCCCUGGGGGCAUGCUGAGCAGCCACAGUGGGAUGGUUUCAGGUGCCUCUUCCAACAAGAAUCUACACCAAGAUACAGGCGAGGGCACUGAGUAUAACAAGUACAAAAGAGAAUCUUCUUGUAAAGCUAAAAAUAAUAUUGCAGAGGACAUUAACUGUAAGUCAGAAUACUGUAGCAAAGAACAUCCACCUGAAACAACAGAUUGUGAGGCAGUCAAAGGUUUAACCUCAAAGCCUAAUACAAACCUUACCUCUUCUUCUGGAAAGCAUGUUGCUGCAUUGGUUGCUAAGACAGAGACGGGAAAUUCGCUAGAAAAUACCAACAAAGACAAGGAAGACCAUGUAAUGAUUACCCGUGACAGUAGAAAGGAUAUUUUUUCAGCACAAAUCUCAGAACAACAGAAGAGAAAAAGUACAGACACAUUAUCUCUGUAUAAGAACAAGAGAAUCUCAAGGAGAUUUGUGUAUCCAGUUGACCUGAGUAAGCCCCAUGUAGAGUUGAAUGUUUCACACACAAAAACUGGAAGAAAGGGAAAGGGAGGAAGUAAGCCAGCAUCACCAGGCAGGAAAGGGGCCACCUGCAGCUCUCCAACUAACAGAUCAGAUGAAACACGACAAAAUGAGGCAUCCGUGCCACUUGGUCCAGAAACAUCUUGUGGUACCCCAGCCAAUAGAUGUGGGGAUGAAAAGGGAACUGAAACAGCAGAGCCCGGCAGUAAAAGAGUCAUGUGCAGUAGUCCAAACACACCAUUCAAACCAAAGGAGCAACUUGAUGUGAUAGCACACAAGCAGAAGAAAUUCCUUCCUCUUGCCAGUUUAGGUCAAAUUGACACUUCUGAGGCAAGCUUAAGGUCUUCAGUUGAACCAUUAGGGGCUGUUGAGUAUGGAGAAGAGGAAACAUAUUUGGGAAGUGAACAAGCACCCAUCACUAAGAAGGGAAAUGAAGGCAGUGAUCAUGCCCUUCAAGUAGUCCCAGUGGCUCCUAAUGCCAAGGGAAGCAUCAUGGAGGUCACGGGGAAGAUCAGCGCCAGUGGUAGCACAUUAACAGAAAAUAUGGAUGACAAAUACAACUGUACCUCCAAAAAUACGGAAAUUAGUUUCAUGGCAAGCAGUUCUGAUUUGGCCAAUGUUGCUCACUCACUUGUAAUAAAGAACCAAGAGGCGGAGUGCAACACAGACCUCCUACAGCCUCAUGUCCCUCAGAUUGGUGCAGUAGGGAAUCCGGCCACCCAAGGAACUGAGGGAGAAGGGGAGGAGGAGGUCUCUGGUGCACCGAACAACCAGGUGAUCAGUGAUACUUUCAGUGACAUUGACUUUUCUGAUAGUGAUUUUGAUAUUUCUAUUCCAGUAAGAGAGGAGGGUGUUGGAGGCGAUCAUGAAAACAUAAAGGCAAAGGAGGGAAGCAAUCAGUCCUUAGAUGCUGCACCUAAAGAGAAAGUCAGUGGAGAUCUGUUCAGUGAAUGCCACUCAGAUAAAAGUUCAGGUUUUAAGGGAUUCAUAACUGGCAGUGGAAAACAAGUCAAAAUUAGUGAAAAGGCUCUCCUGGAGGCUAGAAAAUUCUUGGAAGAAGAGUUGAAUGAAGAUGGAAGCCUCUCACCUCAUCAGGUUCCACCAGGAGAGAAAGGAGAAGCAAGGCAUUUAAGUGGUAUGCAUAAAACAUCAAACUCUAAUCAGUGUUCUGCAUCAAAAACUGGAUCUUUAAGCUUGGCCUCCGAUCUGUCAGCAGCAAGUAGUGCAGGAGUAGUAGCAGAAGUGUUUGUCACGCCCCACAUAGGCAACAAAUUAAAUGUACUGGAAGUUGCAAAUUCACAAGUUAUUAAAGUAACAAACAUAAAACAUCCACAAACUAAGGAUACAGCAUUCACAGAUGUAUGCGAGAGCUCUAGGAGACAUACCGUGGAUGGUAGCGUUACUCAGUCAGUCUGCUCAAAGCUUAGAGCACAUCUGAUGACACAGCUUCAGAGGCAGAAAGGGAAGGGAAGGAGACCAUAG